UUUCCUUUUUACGUACACCCAAUGGAAGCUGUGGCGUCACAGCUGCUAAGAACGCCUCAGAAGGAUGCUGGGAGUUGUAGUCCAACCACAGCUAAAGGGCCAUGGGUUGGGCACCCAGUCUUAUUCCAAACUGAUUUAAUAGACCAUCUGUGGAUAGUAUGGCACAGAGGUGGAUAAUGUAACACCCAAUAGGUGUUAGGUCUACAGUUAAGUAUAGGGGUGCUGGUGCUCACUACCUACUGUUAGGCAUGGGAACACUGUGAUUAUAAGUUUCUCUUCAUUGUCAUGGUGAUACAUAUGCCCUAACUUACAGCAUCAAAUCGGAAAUAUGUUUGAAUAGUCUAAUUACCCAGGAAUGAGUAAAGCUGAUUGGUUGCUAUGGGUUACACAGGAUUCCAACAGCUUUGUACAAGUGUAAUACAAUGCCAUACAAUGUCUGUUACCUGUAGUUAUUAAACUAAUCAGCCCUUGGGAAGAAAGUCCAGAUACCACACAAGUGGGUACCUUUCUAGUCUAUUCUUUCAAGCCAACAGUCCCAGCAUUUGGAACGGCAGAAUUUUCCCAGUCUAAUGAAAGUCAGUAUUAAAUGGAACUGUGAGGGACUCAUGAAAUAUCUUCGCAUUAAUAAGUCAAAUCAAUGUCUUGUUUGGAUUGCUUUUGCCUGAGACGGACUCCUGUGAAAUCAAUAAGCCAGGAUAAAGAGUCAAACUCCAGCAUUUCCACACACUGGGUAGGGGAUCUGCCUCAUUGUUGGAUUCCUCCUACCCCAGGAGGGCAUGAAAUGCCAGUAUGUACCUGCGAAGUCUCCAGCUAUGAACUCCAAACAGAACUUGGAAAAGGAUUCUGCAAUUUAACUACAGUUUACCUUGCUCGACACACUCCAACAGGAACACUUGUCACUGUACGUGUCACAGAUUUAGACAACUGUACAGAUGAACAUUUGAAGAUAUUACAGAAUGAGGUGGUUAUGUCAUCAUUUUUUCGGCAUCCCAAUAUCAUGGUUUCUUGGAAAAUUUUCACCACAGGGGCUUUGCUUUGGAUUGUCAGUCCUUUCAUGGCUUACGGUUCAGCUAGUAGCCUCCUAAAGAACUAUUACCCAGAUGGAAUGAAUGAAGCUCUAAUAGGAAGCAUAUUGUAUGGAGCAUUAAAAGCACUUCAUUAUCUGCACCAAAAUAGUUAUAUCCACAGAAAUGUGAAGGCGAGCCAUAUCCUUAUAUCAGAAGAGGGUCUUGUAACUCUUUCUGGCCUAAGUCAUUUGUACUGUAUGGUGAAAAAUGGAGAGAAAGCAAAGGUGGCAUAUGAUUUCCCAAAUUUCAGCACUGCAAUGCUUCCUUGGUUUAGUCCUGAACUGCUAAGGCAGGACCUCUAUGGAUACAAUGUGAAGUCGGACAUCUACAGUAUUGGCAUCACUGCCUGUGAAUUAGCCACUGGGCGUGUACCAUUUAUGGACAUGCACCGGACACAGAUGCUGCUACAAAAACUGAAAGGUCUACCCCACAGCCCACUGUAUAGCACCACUUUUUCCUGUGAAAGUUCACCAAUAAAGAAUUCAAGGUCGGGAAUGGAUUCAGGAAUUGGGGAAAGUGUUGUUGCCGCAAGUAUGACACAAACAAUGACCAGCGAAAGGCUGCGAACCCCAUCCCCCAAAACAUUUUCAUCUGAUCUGCAAAACUUAGUAGAACUUUGUCUCCAACAGGAUCCUGAGAAGAGGCCUUCAGCUGGAAAUUUGUUGUCUCAUGCAUUCUUUAAACAGAUAAGAGAACAGACACAUGGAUCCAUCCUUUCAUUACUGCCGUCUUUGGCACGCCAUAGGAGGCAGUGCUCUGCUGUGCCAUGUCUCACAAACUUGAAUAAGUUGUGGUACACAAAUCAAGACAAAGAAUGGACAUUUGAUUAAUAAUUUGCUUACUAUUAUAAGGAUUUUCUCUUUAUAUUUUAUUUAGCCAUGUGUAUCAAAACUGCAAACUGUGACCAGCUUGGAACCUGGAACUUUAAAAUGCGUGUAUAU